UUGUCAUCUCGCUUGCUCAUGGCUCUCACCAUUGACGAGGAGCCGGACGUCCCCAAGCCCACUGAAAGGUCCUACUACAUUGUCGCUCUCUUCUUGCUACCCUUCCAACUCGUCUCUGCUAUUUCUUGGGCCUGUCUUGCUUAUUCGUUGGUCUGGGGAAAUGUCUGGUCAUGGAAAUUCGCUCUGGCUGCUUGUGAGGCAAUAUUCUCCGUGUAUCAUUGGCAUCUCUCGAGACUAGCAUCUCAACCCUGGCGCCACGGAACAGGAAGUUUGGCCCAACUCCAACUUUCCUACAAUCGUGUUCUUCAGUGUGGCUUAGCGAACCUGCCCGAGGACGGCUCUGAGUCCCACCGACCUGCCAGCCCAACGUACCCCAUCACGCAACUUGAGUGGGACGACCCCCGCGCUGUCGACUUCCGUCACACACUGCGAACGUGGUUCAACAGAGUCCCUUUCUCAGCGAUCCGUCGUUUUGAAGUCCGCCAAUGGUUAUACUGGUCGAUAUUCGCCAAGGAUCUCCCAGAAACCAUGCCCCCAGGUCAUCAAGCAAUCAUUGACGAUUCUUUGCGGAGAUUAGAGAUGCGCGUCGGCGGCAAAAUACCAGAAGGCUCCAAUCCUAAUGCUCCACCAAUGCGAGUUACCCUAGACGAAGUUCAAAUCUCUACACGACCACUCUUUUUAUACGCACUCAUUUUCGCCGUUAACUGGUGUUUACAAAAGUACUACGGGAUUCGCUAUGGCCUAAAAUACGGGUCAUAUCAGGAUCUUGAGUAUCUUCUCUACAUUCCCAACGGUUGGGAUAUCAACACCGGCCCACAACCAACUAUUUUCUUUCAUGGCUUAGGGCUUGGGCUGCUUCAAUACCAUCCAUUGCUCAUGGACCUUCGCCAUCACUUCAAAGACCGUCCACUCCUGUUCCCCCUUCAACCGCAUAUCAGCCAGAACAUUUUCCACUCUAAAUUCUUGGACCCUCCUAGCAGACGAGACUUGGCUGAUCUCUUUGCUGGACUCCUUCAUCAACUAGGCUGGGUGGACUUGUCGUCUACGGAUGAAGAUCUGAGCAGGGACGCAAGCAGAAGCCGAACCGUUACAGUAUUGAGUCACUCCAACGGGUCGUAUAUGCAUACGUGGUGUGUCAAGGCCUAUCCAGAGCUUAUAUCGCGGUCCUGCUUCGUUGACCCGGUCUCCUUGUGUCUCUGGGAAGGCGAUCUACCUCACAACUUCCUCUAUCAACCACCAACUCACGGCGUCGGUCUGAUUGUUCGAUAUUUUGUGGGACGAGAACUCGGCACCGCUGCCCAGCUCUAUCGCAACUUUGACUGGUCCUCGAAUGAGUUGUGGUUCGAAGAUAUCCCCAACGCCCAGGACCCCACCAAAACCUUCUUUUUACUUGGUGGAAAUGACGCAAUCGUCAAUUCUCCGCGCGUUAGAAAAUACUUGUCGUCGCAUGGUGUACACAAGGGACUAUGGUACGACGAAAUGGCUCAACAUGGUGAUGCUUUGUUGCGCGGAACAAAGGGGCACGCCAUGGUCUUAGAUUGGUUGAAGCAUAACUACUGA